CCGUACUGCACGUGCUUCCGGAAGUCACAGCUCUGACGACCCGGGAAAUAAGCAGCCGUGUGGAUUCCGCUUCCUCGUCCCGUGAAGUUUGGCGAUGUUCGGAUCGUCGCGAGGAGGAGUCCGAGGAGGACAAGACCAGUUCAACUGGGAGGAUGUGAAAACCGACAAGCAGCGGGAGAAUUACCUGGGGAACUCCCUUAUGGCCCCAGUUGGAAGGUGGCAGAAGGGCAAAGAUCUGACUUGGUACGCGAAGCAGAAGAACGCUGGGGGUCAGAUGUCGAAGGAGGAAGAGCUGGCGGCGGUGAGACGGGCUGAAGAGGAGGCCAUGAUGGCUGCCCUAGGUUACAAAAAUGUGAAGCGUCAGCCCACAGGUCUCAGCAAGGAGGAAUUUGCUGAAGUCUGCAAGCGGGAAGCCUCAGAAAGAGAUGAGAAGGACGUGGACAGAGUGCUGGGAUUGGGAAGCUCCAGUGUGAGCUCCGGCCGAAUCUCGCUUUCCAAAGAGGACAAAGAAGCAGCAAAAAUGGGAUUUUCCGUCUUCACUCACCUGAAUACCGGAAAGGGAAAGGAGAACCCGCCGGCGGAGAAACAGAACCCGGACCCCGGGGAAGACAAGAAGAGAUCCAGGUCCGAUAGGAAGAAGGCCAAAAAAGAGAAAAAGAAGAAGAAAAAGAAAGAGAAGGAAAAGCUGAAGAAGAGCCGGAGAAGGGACUCCUCUUCCUCCUCCUCUUCAUCAGACGACAGAGAGAGGAGGCGGAAGGCCGACCCCCCCAGAAGUAAUCCAUCAUCGUCCCGGCAGAUAGGAGCCUCCAGGCCUGACAGCCAUUCAUCGGACGACAGGGACGCGCCGAGGCCUCGUAGCUCUCGCUACCUUGACACCCAUUCUUCCCCGCGCCGGCUGGCACGGCCCCCUGCCGAGGAGAGAAGCCCGAGCGGCGACUCGGGGUACAGGAGGAAGAGGAGGAGGUCGGCGUCUCCGCGUGGGGCCAAGCGGCGGCACGACACGGACUCCGACGAUUAAUCGGGGCCGGCGCGCAGUGGGUUAGAUGAUGUAGGAGGUGGGCCGCGGUGGUCUUUAUCAGGGAAGACCACCUUCUGCUUUUAGACUUGUGACCCCGGGACUGCCGAUUAUACACCGUGAAAAAAAAUCUAUGCAAAGGGAAAUCCAUCUCUUAAUUGUAAGCCCUUCUGUUCCGGGGGGUCCCGCCGCGCCGCCCGCGUUGGGUGGGAUUCGCCCGUUAACCCCAGAAGCUGUCAUUUAGCAGCAAGAUGUGGAUUCCACGCCGUGUUAAUUCUGUUAAUUGUUCCUAAAGGCCAGCUGGUUAUUAUUAAUAGUCUAGAACCCGGCACCAUGGAACCUGUAUAGUAGGAACCCUCAGGCACCGGGUGGCAGUUCCGAUACGCGAGCCCUGGGCCAGUGCGAAGGGGAGGUCGGUUUUUAUGCCUAUGGGCCGUGAGCUUUUA